AUGUGCGCCGAAGGGGAGCGCUGCGGCCUGGUGGACCGGUGGUCCCCGGACCACUCCCAGGAUCCGGUCAGCUUCCCCAGACACUACCAGCACUCCACGGUGACCCUGACCCACCACCGUCCCGCCUGCGUGGCCGCUCAGCACUGUGACCGGGAGGAGACGGAGCUGGUGGCGGGGGUUGUCUACACCACCUACAGCACCUGUUGCUACGGCCAUCUCUGCAACGGCUCCACCACCGCGGCCCCCUCCGCCAUCUUGGCCGGGGCCUUGGCCCUGGCUUGGGUCUUCAAGGGGCUAUGGGAGGGAUAG